UGUGCAUUCCAAAGCAAUUCGGAAAGUUUUCGCAGGAGUAUCAGAGAAGUAAACAUGUCAGCGUUUUUCAACUCUAAUAUGUUCGUGAUAUUACCGGUGCAACAUUACGUGGAAGCAAAUCUAUGUUCCGAACUAUCUAUGGGUUUCCAUCCAACGGUUACCGAAUUUGUGGAUGACCAAUGGAAGCAUCGGGUACAUCGUGAACAUCACAAUCCAAUUGUGCGUCGAUUAUUCAGGCAGGUGCAACAUGCUGCUCUCCUCCAGUCGUUAAACUAUACGCACUUCAAGGUUCCGACGAACAAGGUGGAAUGCAUAGCUGGCGAAAAUGACGAGUGGACACAUUGGAUUAUGCAUUUUACGGAAACGGAGUUAACGUUGCCUCACCGCACGCAGGAACCCAUAUUCUUUAUCAUCGGACGUGAAGACGACGUGCGCCGUGCGCUACAUAUAGUUGCACAUAUGGCCAAUGGUGAUAAUUUGUCGGAUGGUCUGCAUCUCGAUCCGUUCCGGAAGAGGGAUUACGCUAUCGUGAUUGAGCCUAAUUUCAGAGGGAACGGAAUUCACUAUACGCUUUGUCUGCAUGGGCAUUUUGAUGAAAGCGAUUAUCUCCCUCAGAAGAGCGGCAAUAGUGUGAGCUUGCAGAAAAAGCGGAUUUCGAAUGGACAUUAG